UGGAUGGUCUUAAAAUGGUUGAUGAGCCAAUGGAAGAGGGAGAAGCAGAUUCUUGCCAAGAUGAAGGAAUUGUUAAAGAAAUCCCUAUUACUCAUCAUGUUAAGGAAGGGUAUGAGAAAGCAGAUCCUGCACAAUUUGAGUUGCUCAAAGUUCUUGGUCAGGGAUCCUUUGGAAAGGUUUUUCUUGUUCGAAAGAAGACUGGUCCUGAUGCUGGGCAGCUCUAUGCAAUGAAGGUGUUAAAAAAAGCUUCUUUAAAAGUUCGAGACAGAGUUCGGACAAAGAUGGAGAGGGAUAUACUGGUGGAAGUAAAUCAUCCAUUUAUUGUCAAAUUACACUAUGCCUUUCAGACUGAAGGGAAGCUGUAUUUAAUACUAGAUUUUCUCAGGGGAGGAGAUGUCUUUACAAGAUUAUCCAAAGAGGUUCUGUUUACAGAGGAAGAUGUGAAAUUCUACCUUGCAGAACUGGCACUUGCUUUGGAUCAUCUGCACCAAUUAGGAAUUGUAUAUAGAGACCUGAAACCAGAAAACAUUUUGCUUGAUGAAAUAGGACAUAUCAAGUUAACAGAUUUUGGACUCAGCAAGGAAUCUGUAGAUCAAGAAAAGAAGGCUUACUCAUUUUGUGGUACAGUGGAGUACAUGGCUCCUGAAGUAGUAAAUAGGAGAGGCCACUCCCAAAGUGCUGAUUGGUGGUCAUAUGGUGUACUUAUGUUUGAAAUGCUUACUGGUACUCUGCCAUUUCAAGGUAAAGACAGAAAUGAGACCAUGAAUAUGAUAUUAAAAGCAAAACUCGGAAUGCCUCAGUUUCUUAGUGCUGAAGCACAAAGUCUACUAAGGAUGUUAUUCAAAAGAAAUCCAGCAAAUAGAUUGGGUUCAGAAGGAGUUGAGGAAAUCAAAAGACAUCUUUUUUUUGCAAAUGUUGACUGGAAUAAAUUAUAUAGAAGAGAAGUUCAACCUCCUUUCAAACCGGCUUCUGGAAAACCAGAUGAUACUUUUUGUUUUGAUCCUGAGUUUACUGCAAAAACACCUAAAGAUUCUCCUGGUUUACCAGCUAGUGCUAAUGCUCAUCAACUCUUCAAAGGAUUCAGCUUUGUGGCAACUUCUAUUGCAGAAGAAUAUAAAAUCACUCCUGUUACAAGUGCAAAUGUGUUACCAAUUGUUCAGAUAAAUGGAAAUUCUGGACAAUUUGCUGAAUUAUAUGAACUAAAAGAAGAUAUUGGUGUUGGCUCCUAUUCUGUUUGCAAGCGAUGCAUACAUAGAGCUACGAACAUGGAAUUUGCAGUGAAGAUCAUUGACAAAAGUAAGAGAGACCCUUCAGAAGAAAUUGAAAUAUUGAUGCGCUAUGGACAACACCCCAACAUUAUUACUUUAAAGGAUGUUUAUGAUGAUGGUAGAUAUGUUUACCUUGUUACGGAUUUGAUGAAAGGAGGAGAACUACUUGACCGUAUUCUCAAAAAAAAGUGUUUCUCAGAACGGGAAGCUAGUGAUGUACUGUUUGUAAUAAUUAAGACAGUUGACUAUCUUCAUUGUCAAGGAGUUGUUCAUCGUGAUCUUAAACCUAGUAAUAUUUUAUAUAUGGAUGAAUCGGCCAAUGCAGACUCCAUUAGGAUCUGUGAUUUUGGGUUUGCAAAACAGCUUCGUGGAGAAAAUGGACUUCUUUUAACUCCAUGCUACACUGCAAACUUUGUAGCACCUGAGGUUCUUAUGCAACAGGGCUAUGACGCUGCUUGUGAUAUUUGGAGCCUAGGUGUCCUUUUUUACACCAUGCUGGCUGGCUACACUCCAUUUGCUAAUGGCCCCAAUGAUACUCCUGAAGAGAUACUGCUACGUAUAGGCAAUGGCAAGUUCUCUUUGAGUGGUGGAAACUGGGACAAUAUUUCAGAUGGAGCAAAGGUAUAAAGUAAAAAUAUCUUUUGUUGCAUUCAUAUUAAAUUGUGGAAAUCUUUAAGUUAUAGCCUAGUCUGUAUUUUCAGAGUAUCUGAUGGUGUUAUAUGUCAGUAUUUGUUUUUAAGUCAACUCACAUGUAUAUGCGGAUUGAACAAGAUGAAGGCUAAUUUUUUUUUCUGCCAUGCUUC